GGCGGACCCUAAAUUUCUCAACGCCAGAAGUCCAUCGUCGCCAGAUUCGUGGACAACCACGUCACACCUCCCCACGCCUCAGUGCUACAGCAAUCUCUCCCGCCACAGCUUGGUGCCCAGCUGACGGCUUCCACACAUAUCAUGGCAGAGCCCACUCCGCCGCCGGCCACAGAGGCCGCUGGUGCUGCUGCUGCUACUGCUCCUGCUGCACCCAAACCAGCUGCGACGACCGCGCCUGCCGCCGCCCCCUACAAAGCCCCGCAGCCAAGCCCUCUGCGCAUGAUGGGCAUCCCCGGCCUGCCCAAGAAACUCCCCUCGCGCAACUGGAUGAUCUUCUGGACAGUCCUCGGCUCCUUCUCCGCAGCCGUCAUCUACGACAAGCGCGAGAAGAAGCGCGCCACGGCCAAGUGGGCGCGAACCGUAGCCCACCUGGCCAAGGAGCCUGUUGGCAACGCACAGCAGCUCCCCCGCAAGCUGACCGUCUACCUAGAGAGCCCGCCGGGCGACGGCCUCUUGCCUAGCCAGGAGCACUACAUUGAGUACAUAAAGCCCGUGCUUGCUGCGUCGGGCCUGGACUGGGAGUUCGUGCAGGGUCGGAAAGAGGGCGACAUUAGAGCCGCCGUGGCCGAGAGGAUACGGCGGGCACGCGACACGGACGGUUCGACAAGGGCGGAAGGGCAGGAGCUCACCAAGGACGAGAUUAUCAAGGCAAUGAGGGAGAAGUCGGGAGUGCCCGAGUUCCACGGCCCCAAGGGCGAUAUCGUGGUCGGGAGGCAUACAUGGAAGGAGUACAUGCGCGGCCUGCACGAGGGCUGGUUGGGGCCUCUGACUGCUCCUGUAACAGAGACACCACCGCCAGCUGCAGACACCAAGGCGCCUUCAGCUGCUGCUUCCACAUCGGCAGACUCGUCAAAAGGUGUUUCCGCCCCCGAAGUGGUCAACAUUGAUGAGAUAAAGCACGACGAGGACGCCUCCUCUGCAAAGAAGGCCGCCGCAGAGGCUGCGGAGAAGGAGAAGAAGGAAGCGGAAGAAGCGGCUGCCAAGAAGUCCGAGCGCCCGCCGCAGCCUGUUCCAUACAACAAAACCACCGACUACCCGAGCUCGCCACUCCCUCUCCUAAUCCCGGCCGAGUUCUCUCCUUCUGCGCCGAUCCCGUGCCCGCACGUCCUGGGCUUCAGCAGCACCCCGGUCCGCCUAUGGCGCUUCCUGAACCGGCGCAAGCUUGCUGACGACGUGGGCCGCGAGGUGGCCGCGGUGUGCCUGGCCGCGGCGCGCGAGUGGCGGGAGGACGACGUCUCCGCGCAAGACCCCAACUCGUCCACGCCGACUCCAGAGCGAGAAGAGCGGGGGGUUUACAACGGCGCCAACUCUGCCGAGGGCCAGGAGAAGAUUUGGACGCAGCCAGUCGUGACGGACCCGCGGAUCACGAUGCGUAUGCGCCGCUUCGAGCUGCUGCCCGAGGACGAGGAGCGCUCCCGGGCCGUCGUGGUCCCCGAGGUCGAGAUCGAGGGCUGGAUCAAAGGCAGCCUGAGGGAGCUGUGGCAGUGGAUCCGUGCGCCCGCGGAGCCAAACCCGCGGUGGUCGACCGAUAGCGACUUCUCCUGA